ACUUUGUGCUCCUUGUCAGAUGUUCAUGAAACCAAUCGCAAGCGAGCGAUCACGAACAGGUGCUGGAGUUGAAAAGGUCGUUGGAGUCUGAGGAUAGAUAUCGACAACUUCAAUCGUAUGGCGACCACCGCUCAAAGUCCGAUCUCGCAAACUACGAGCAUUACAAAUGGCGAUAUGCAAGAUUUGCCCCCGCCUGCGCCGGCGGCAAAGAAGAGCAAGGCGAAGAAAGACAAACAACUGAGUGCUGAGGAAAAUGCGAAAUUGGUCCAAGCACGCCUGUCGCAACUAGAGCAAGAAAAGGCCGGUGAGAAGAAUCAACAGGCCGAGGUCGAUCGAGAAGUGAAGAAAGCGACACGAGAUCUCAAUGAAUUGAUCAACAGCGUUGAAGGGCCUAUGAGCCGGCUGGACCUGGUUCAGAGGAAAUAUGAAGAGCUUCUGGGAGAAAUGAAGAAGCUGGAGCGCGACUACGCAAAGAACAAGAAGCGGGCAGAUCAAUUACAAAAGGAACAGGACAAGUCCAAGUCGGAGCAUAAUAAGACGGCGACUAUGAAAGACAAACUGGAGAAGUUAUGCCGGGAAUUGACGAAGGAGAACAAGAAGCUGAAGGAUGAGAACAAGAAACUUGAAGAGACGGAAAAACAGGCUCGCGAAACGAUCAACGAACGACUCGAUCAGAUGCUCUACGAUGUCCAGGAAGUGAUGAACUCUAAAACGACGACGCAUUCCGAAAACCUGCAUCUUGAGUUAGACGAGUUGUUCAAGACCCGGUGCAAGGUAUUGGCGGAUCAAGCAGAAAUCCGGGAAACGCACUUCAAAGCCAUACUUCGCCAUAAAGACGCAGAAAUUGCCCAUCUUCAAGCGAGGCACGAAGUUGAGCGCCGUAGGGCGGAUGCGGAAGCUGGAAGGUGUCGCACACUUACCAACCAAGUCUCUACAUUCUCACACACUGAAGCCGAGCUACGGGGUCAACUCAACAUCUAUGUGGAGAAAUUCAAGCAGGUGGAAGAUACCCUCAACAACAGCAAUGAACUUUUCCUCACGUUCCGGAAAGAAAUGGAAGAGAUGUCCAAAAAGACCAAGCGACUGGAAAAGGAGAACCUGAAUCUGACUCGAAAACACGACCAGACCAACCGCAAUAUCCUCGAGAUGGCGGAAGAACGGACCCGAGACAAGGAGGACCUUGAGAGGCUUCGAAAGCAGGAACAGCAGAUGCGGAAUAUCAUCAAAACCAUGCAGGAACAGGGCCGCGGUGGACCGAUCCAGCAGGAGAUGGUGGACGAAGAGGGCACGGAAAGUGAGUACGACGAGGAAUAUGAGGACGAAGACGAAGAAGAAGAAGAAGAAGAAGACGACGACGUUAGUUACGAAGGGGAGGAAGAGUUGGCCGCCGAAAUCAGCAAGCCUGUCUUCGGGCCAGUGCCUCCGCCAGAAAUGGUCGCGAACAAGACCAAUGGGCAGAAGACGCCAGGUCUGGCUAAUGGCAUCAGACACUGAGGCUGCAGGAUUUAUUGUUGCCACCAGUACCUCAUGCUCUUCGUACAGCUGCGGACUAGGAGCCUCUCCAUGGGCAUCCUGGGUUUCUAGCACACAUUUGACAAUUCACAUGCCGCUGUACUUGUAUACCCUUGAAAGACUAUGAC